GUACUCUCUCAGCGAAAAAGAAAAAAGAAAAAAAGAGUGGUACUCGGACUUAUCGCCGUUAAUCCAGAGUUUCUGUUUAACCCUCCAUCGCAUAAGCGUAUAAGACCACUUUAACUAAGACUGUACUCUCUCUCUCUCUCUGUCUCUCACAACCUCGGAAACCCAAAAAAAAAAAAAAAAAAACCGACUUUUGGGUUUUUACUUUCCCAGAUAUAUAUAGUAUUUUUUAGUAUAUAUCUGAAAUCAUCGUUGAUCAAACUGUGUCUGUAAUUCUGAGUGGUAAUUUGCAAUGGGGGACUAUUAUAGUAGCGACGAGGAACGCUAUUAUUACGACGACGAUGAUGAUCGAGACGCUUCCGAUGGAUUACCAGACCUUGAAACUGAGGUCUUACUGUCUUCUACUAAGUCUCCGUCCAGUGAGGUAAUCACAAAAGAAUCUCUCUUGAUUGCGCAGAGAGGGGACUUGCGCAGGAUAAUGGAUGUCCUUUCACUGAAGGAACACCAUGCACGGACACUACUCAUUCAUUAUCGUUGGGAUGUUGACAAGGUGAUUGCGGUGUUUGUAGAGAAGGGGAAAGAUAAAUUGUAUGCGGCAGCAGGUGUGACAGUUUUGGAACACAACAAUCUAUCAUCUGAGCUUUCAUCAACAGUUAUGUGCCUUAUUUGCAUGGAGGAAGUAUCUGCAAGUGAUGUGACAACCAUGGAUUGUGGUCACCACUUUUGCAACGCUUGUUGGACAGAGCAUUUUAUUGUGAAGAUAAAUGAGGGUCUGAGUAGGCGUAUUAGGUGCAUGGCACACCAGUGCUAUGCUAUUUGUGAUGAAGCGAAAAUCAGAAGUCUAGUUAGUGCAAGGGAUCCUUACAUGUCAGAGAAAUUUGAUCGUUUUCUGUUGGAAUCAUAUAUUGAAGAUAAUAAACAGGUUAAGUGGUGCCCAAGUGUUCCCCACUGUGGAAAUGCCAUACGUAUUAAGUAUGAUGAGUUAUGUGAGGUUGAAUGUACCUGUGGUCUACAAUUUUGUUUUAGUUGCUUAUCUGAAGCACACUCACCUUGCUCAUGUCUAAUGUGGGAACUCUGGACCAAGAAAUGCCACGAUGAAUCAGAGACAGUUAAUUGGAUGACAGUCCACACAAAGCCAUGCCCCAAAUGUCACAAGCUAGUUGAGAAGAGUGGAGGAUGCAACUUAGUAUGCUGUAUUUGUGGGCAAGCAUUUUGUUGGCUUUGUGGUGGCCCAACUGGUAGGGAACACACGUGGACAAGCAUCAGCGGUCACAGUUGUGGGCAAUACAAAGAAGACCAGGAGAAGAAAACUGAGCGUGCAAAGAGGGACCUACUCCGAUACAUUCACUUCCACAACUUAUUCAAAGCUCAUACAGAUUCUUUUCAGCGUGAAGCUGAGUUGAAGGAAACCAUACAAGAAAAGAUAUCAAUUCUGGAAGACAACCAAUCAACAUUUAAAGAUUUCAGUUGGGUAACAAAUGGACUCUGCAGACUUUUCAGGUCUAGGCGGGUUCUUUCGUAUUCAUACCCAUUUGCAUAUUACAUGUUUGGUGAUGACUUGUUCAAACAUGAAAUGACAAAAAAAGAAAAAGAAAUAAAACAGAACUUGUUCGAGGAACAGCAGCAGCAGCUUCAUGCAAAUGUUGAGAAGCUUUCAUUGUUCAUAGGCGAGCCUUUUGAUAAAUAUCCAGAGAAUAAAGUUGAGGAGCUAAGAAUGAAGGUCAUUAAUCUUUCUGUAAUGAUUGAUGGAAUCUGCAGAAAAUUGUAUGAAUGCAUUGAGAAUGAUUUGCUGGGUUCCAUCCAGCAUGCUCAUCACAGUAUUGCUCCUUACAUGUCAAUGGGCGUGGAGAAAGCAUCAGAACUUUCUAUUUGUUGGGAAAAUGAGGCCUGAUUGCAAUGGAUGUCAAUUCUCUCUCAUGUUUUAAUGGAGGAGGAUUGGAAGAUAUAAAUAAGACGAAAAUGCUUUUCCAAAGCUAUUGACAUAUACAUAUGUAGGAAGAAGAAUGGUAUCUCAUUAAUAACCUUCAUCUGGCUUUGAUAGUUCAAAUUCAGACGCUCUUCUGAGAAGCACGCUAGAAAAUUAACUCUUGGUAACUUUCUCAUUGAUCUCAGCUUGCCUGUGCUCAUGUUACUGAUAGGAGGUAAUUUCUUAUGGGGCCUAUAUAUCUGCAUCUGUAACUUUUAACUGAUCCAUUUUUAUUACUUUGGAUGACCUGUUUCCAUGAGAAUCAGCGUUCUUAUCGCUCUUUUUGAGUUAUAAUUUUUAACCUCGUUGUCUAUCUUUUACAGUUUUUUUAAUUAUCUUUCUCAAUGUACAUAUUCUAUAAAGUGGCUCAUAAGCGGGAAGAUGUGUAUACUUCUUGUUCAAAAAUUUAUAAAUAGGGCUACACGUCAUAUCUUAUAUA